UGACUUAAGCUUCAACUAAACUGUUUCAAAAAAGUCUAUUCGAAUUUUAAUGUGCCACCCAGUAUCAUUAACUGAGGAUCUUGGAGACACUCCGGACGCCUGACAAUGACGUUUUCUGCUGAACAACUGAACUUUUUCAAGUUUUCCACUGUUGUGCUAGAUAACUUCCCAGUUGUCCUGCGUCAAGUCUUUGUUUCCAUGUGGGACAACCAGGUCGCUACUUCACCAGGCGUCCCAAAAUGGGAUGACUCUGUAACGGUACUAAACUUGUUACAUGCAAAAGAGGGUGGUGUGAAGAAAGUACCAACUCUGAACAAAUCCUACAAGGAGUGGGACUGUACAGCUUUAUUCAAAGCCACUCUCUUUGCUCAAACUUUUGCCAUGCCAGACGGGACUGGAGGCGUCAGCACGUUGGACAAACUGUAUGUGAAGCCACGUGCUUUAUCACCCGGGACAUUCCAUCACUCGCUUGUCAGCCCUACUGGAGAUCAUGUGGAGACGUAUGCGUUAGCUUUGGAUCAGCUUCGCUUGCUACGAAACACGCUUUGUCACCAGAUCAGUACACAAAAGAUUGACAAGGCCACCUUUGAUAAUUAUAUACAGCUGACAAAGGAUGCUUUUACUACACUUGGACAAAACACCACUAAGAUUGAUGAGAUUGGAAAGCUUGACGAAGACCACUUUCCCACAACAAGACUUCAACAAUUGGAAGACAAGUUAAAGAAAGAAAAAAAUGCUGCCAUCAAGUUUAAACAGAUCGACGAUCAUCUUACUAAGAUCGAGUCAAGGGUGGAUGAUGUCGGGUCAGACGUGAAAGAAGUAAAAACUUGUGUAACAACAGUCAAGACACAAGUGGAAGAUGUGGGGUCAGGCGUAAAAAAAUGUAAAAACGGAACUAACAGAUAUGAAGACACAAAUGCAAGAUGUCUGUUCGGAAGUGAAAGAAGUGAAAACUGAACUAGCAGAUGUGAAGACACAAGUGGAAGAUGUGGGGUCAGACGUGAAAACUGAACUAACAGAUGUGAAGACACAAGUGAAGGAAGUCGGGUCAGACUUGACGGAAUUGAAUGCACGCGUUGAUGACAUAAAAGAGGCAAUGCAAGCGGGGAGUUCAGAAGGUCUAUUAGUUCCUGACUCAUGCAUACCAGACAAGAUACCGUACUUUGUCGGUCGCCAAGGAGAGUGUGGAGCAGUCCUCGACCGAUUAAAAAAUGGAGACACUCGACUGGUUGAUAUCUGGGGUCCACCAGGAUUUGGAAAGACGUCAUUGGCUAUCAAUGUGGCACAUCACUUGCGAGAGAUGAAGAUUCCUGUCUAUUUUACAUCUCUUCGCGGAAUGAAAAGUAAAGAUGAACUAGUGUCAAAGCUUUUAAGUAUAUUCACAGAUGCUAAACAGGCGUUCCAUGUCUCACCCUCCCACUGGCUCAUCCAGUGUUUACAACAACGGGAGAAAACGUUUGUCCUGAUUUUGGAUAAUGCUGACGACUUAUUGGAAUCUGGAGAUACCAAACUAAAAGAAGACUUCCUAAGAUUUACGGAAGAAAUUCUUGCCCAAUGCGGUCACAUCAAGCUUCUCUUCACCACUCGUGAGCGGCCAGACUACCUGAGUCACAAGCUGCCUAUCCAUCAAGAAAGAGUUGGUAUGUUGGAUGAAUCAUCCUCGGUCAGCUUAGUAGAGCAGUCCCUGUCGAAACCUAUCUCGGACAAUGACUGCAAUCGCAUAGUGAAUGAAUGCGGAAGAGUUCCCUUGGCAAUGCGAUUGAUGUGUGGCAUCAUGAAAGAAGAAAAUGUUUCACUUUCUGAGCUCUUAGAAGAACUGAAGGAUUCGCCCCUUAUUGAAGUUUUGGACGAUGAAAGUUUCCCUGAUGACGCUCGAUUAAAGACCAUAAUCAACAGAUCCUUUGAAAGACUUACUGGCCAAGAGAGGGAUGCGUUUGUCUCGCUGGCUGUUUUUCCGAGUUUCUUUGGAGUGUAGGAAGCUAAGGC